AGAAGUAAGGGUACCAGCUUUGUACAGCCUGUAGAGACAUUUUCCUGCCCUAGCGCUUCCGUUUUAUUUUACCAACUUUUUGUAAACGAUGAUGGCCUCCGCAUCCCGAACCACUAUUGCCUCGGCUGCCGCAGGCGUCGCACUCUUCGGCGGAGCAGCUUUCGUGUCUGCGCCUACCACACGGUCUGGAAACCUGCGAGCAACCAUGUCCGCAGCAACUCCUGCCUCCGCUCCAGUGUCUGGACUGGAGGCGAGCACCGCCAUGGCGGUGGCGGGCACGGCGAUUGCGGCCUUUGCCAGCCGCAAGGCCAGUGCAGCCAAUGUGAAGCAGCAGCUGGUAGCUUUGACGGCCUUCGAGAACGAGCUCGGUGUGCAGGCGCCAGUUGGAUUUUGGGAUCCCGCUGGCUUCACCGCGGAUGGCAGCACCGAGAACUUUGCGCGCAGGCGCCAGACGGAGUUGAAGCAUGGCCGAAUCUCCAUGCUUGCUACCAUGGGCUACAUUACGCCGGAGAUCACGGGAAAAUUCCCAGGCUAUUUGAGCCCUUCCGCAGGCUUGAAGUUCGCAGAUGUCCCGAAUGGGCUCGCCGCAAUUUCCAAAGUGCCCGCUGCAGGGUGGGGUCAGAUCUUGGCUUACAUGGCCUUCUGCGAGGUGUCCCAGGACCAGUCGGCGGGAACUCCUGCUGCAGCGGGUGACUUCGGAUUCAAGGUGCUCACCGCAUCCGACCCGGAGGCCAAGAAAACUAAGCUUGCAGCCGAACUUGCGAACGGUCGCCUGGCCAUGAUGGCGAUCAUCGGCAUGUUCUUCCAGGACGGCUUGACUGGCAGCGCCUGGGGUGACUGGGCCAACUACACUGCUUCCCCUCUGCGAGCUUUCGAGAACGAGCUCGGUGUGCAGGCGCCAGUUGGAUUUUGGGAUCCCGCUGGCUUCACCGCGGAUGGCAGCACCGAGAACUUUGCGCGCAGGCGCCAGACGGAGUUGAAGCAUGGCCGAAUCUCCAUGCUUGCUACCAUGGGCUACAUUACGCCGGAGAUCACGGGAAAAUUCCCAGGCUAUUUGAGCCCUUCCGCAGGCUUGAAGUUCGCAGAUGUCCCGAAUGGGCUCGCCGCAAUUUCCAAAGUGCCCGCUGCAGGGUGGGGUCAGAUCUUGGCUUACAUGGCCUUCUGCGAGGUGUCCCAGGACCAGUCGGCGGGAACUCCUGCUGCAGCGGGUGACUUCGGAUUCAAGGUGCUCACCGCAUCCGACCCGGAGGCCAAGAAAACUAAGCUUGCAGCCGAACUUGCGAACGGUCGCCUGGCCAUGAUGGCGAUCAUCGGCAUGUUCUUCCAGGACGGCUUGACCGGCAGCGCCUGGGGUGACUGGGCCAACUACACUGCUUCCCCUCUGCGAGCUUUCGAGAACGAGCUCGGUGUGCAGGCGCCAGUUGGAUUUUGGGAUCCCGCUGGCUUCACCGCGGAUGGCAGCACCGAGAACUUUGCGCGCAGGCGCCAGACGGAGUUGAAGCAUGGCCGAAUCUCCAUGCUUGCUACCAUGGGCUACAUUACGCCGGAGAUCACCGGGAAAUUUCCGGGCUACUUGAGCCCUUCCGCAGGCUUGAAGUUUGCAGAUGUCCCGAAUGGGCUCGCCGCAAUUUCCAAAGUGCCCGCUGCAGGGUGGGGUCAGAUCUUGGCUUACAUGGCCUUCUGCGAGGUGUCCCAGGACCAGUCGGCGGGAACUCCUGCUGCAGCGGGUGACUUCGGAUUCAAGGUGCUCACCGCAUCCGACCCGGAGGCCAAGAAAACUAAGCUUGCAGCCGAACUUGCGAACGGUCGCCUGGCCAUGAUGGCGAUCAUCGGCAUGUUCUUCCAGGACGGCUUGACCGGCAGCGCCUGGGGUGACUGGGCCAACUACACUGCUUCCCCUCUGCGAGCUUUCGAGAACGAGCUCGGUGUGCAGGCGCCAGUUGGAUUUUGGGAUCCCGCUGGGUUUACCGCGGAUGGCAGCACCGAGAACUUUGCGCGCAGGCGCCAGACGGAGUUGAAGCAUGGCCGAAUCUCCAUGCUUGCUACCAUGGGCUACAUUACGCCGGAGAUCACCGGGAAAUUUCCGGGCUACUUGAGCCCUUCCGCAGGCUUGAAGUUUGCAGAUGUCCCGAAUGGGCUCGCCGCAAUUUCCAAAGUGCCCGCUGCAGGGUGGGGUCAGAUCUUGGCUUACAUGGCCUUCUGCGAGGUGUCCCAGGACCAGUCGGCGGGAACUCCUGCUGCAGCGGGUGACUUCGGAUUCAAGGUGCUCACCGCAUCCGACCCGGAGGCCAAGAAAACUAAGCUUGCAGCCGAGCUUGCGAACGGUCGCCUGGCCAUGAUGGCCAUCAUCGGAAUGUUCUUUCAGGAUGGCUUGACUGGCAGCGCCUGGGGUGACUGGGCCAACUACACUGCUUCCCCUUUGCGAGCUUUCGAGAACGAGCUCGGUGUGCAGGCGCCAGUUGGAUUUUGGGAUCCCGCUGGCUUCACCGCGGAUGGCAGCACCGAGAACUUUGCGCGCAGGCGCCAGACGGAGUUGAAGCAUGGCCGAAUCUCCAUGCUUGCUACCAUGGGCUACAUUACGCCGGAGAUCACGGGAAAAUUCCCAGGCUAUUUGAGCCCUUCCGCAGGCUUGAAGUUCGCAGAUGUCCCGAAUGGGCUCGCCGCAAUUUCCAAAGUGCCCGCUGCAGGGUGGGGUCAGAUCUUGGCUUACAUGGCCUUCUGCGAGGUGUCCCAGGACCAGUCGGCGGGAACUCCUGCUGCAGCGGGUGACUUUGGAUUCAAGGUGCUCACCGCAUCCGACCCGGAGGCCAAGAAAACUAAGCUUGCAGCCGAACUUGCGAACGGUCGCCUGGCCAUGAUGGCCAUCAUCGGAAUGUUCUUCCAGGACGGCUUGACUGGCAGCGCCUGGGGUGACUGGGCCAACUACACUGCUUCCCCUCUGCGAGCUUUCGAGAACGAGCUCGGUGUGCAGGCGCCAGUUGGAUUUUGGGAUCCCGCCGGGUUUACCGCGGAUGGCAGCACCGAGAACUUUGCGCGCAGGCGCCAGACGGAGUUGAAGCAUGGCCGAAUCUCCAUGCUUGCUACCAUGGGCUACAUUACGCCGGAGAUCACCGGGAAAUUUCCGGGCUACUUGAGCCCUUCCGCAGGCUUGAAGUUUGCAGAUGUCCCGAAUGGGCUCGCCGCAAUUUCCAAAGUGCCCGCUGCAGGGUGGGGUCAGAUCUUGGCUUACAUGGCCUUCUGCGAGGUGUCCCAGGACCAGUCGGCGGGAACUCCUGCUGCAGCGGGUGACUUCGGAUUCAAGGUGCUCACCGCAUCCGACCCGGAGGCCAAGAAAACUAAGCUUGCAGCCGAACUUGCGAACGGUCGCCUGGCCAUGAUGGCCAUCAUCGGAAUGUUCUUUCAGGAUGGCUUGACUGGCAGCGCCUGGGGUGACUGGGCCAACUACACUGCUUCCCCUCUGCGAGCUUUCGAGAACGAGCUCGGUGUGCAGGCGCCAGUUGGAUUUUGGGAUCCCGCUGGCUUCACCGCGGAUGGCAGCACCGAGAACUUUGCGCGCAGGCGCCAGACGGAGUUGAAGCAUGGCCGAAUCUCCAUGCUUGCUACCAUGGGCUACAUUACGCCGGAGAUCACGGGAAAAUUCCCAGGCUAUUUGAGCCCUUCCGCAGGCUUGAAGUUUGCAGAUGUCCCGAAUGGGCUCGCCGCAAUUUCCAAAGUGCCCGCUGCAGGGUGGGGUCAGAUCUUGGCUUACAUGGCCUUCUGCGAGGUGUCCCAGGACCAGUCGGCGGGAACUCCUGCUGCAGCGGGUGACUUUGGAUUCAAGGUGCUCACCGCAUCCGACCCGGAGGCCAAGAAAACUAAGCUUGCCGCCGAGCUUGCGAACGGUCGCCUGGCCAUGAUGGCCAUCAUCGGAAUGUUCUUUCAGGAUGGCUUGACUGGCAGCGCCUGGGGUGACUGGGCCAACUACACUGCUUCCCCUCUGCGAGCUUUCGAGAACGAGCUCGGUGUGCAGGCGCCAGUUGGAUUUUGGGAUCCCGCUGGGUUUACCGCGGAUGGCAGCACCGAGAACUUUGCGCGCAGGCGCCAGACGGAGUUGAAGCAUGGCCGAAUCUCCAUGCUUGCAACCAUGGGCUACAUUACGCCGGAGAUCACGGGAAAAUUCCCGGGCUAUUUGAGCCCUUCCGCAGGCUUGAAGUUCGCAGAUGUCCCGAAUGGGCUCGCCGCAAUUUCCAAAGUGCCCGCUGCAGGGUGGGGUCAGAUCUUGGCUUACAUGGCCUUCUGCGAGGUGUCCCAGGACCAGUCGGCGGGAACUCCUGCUGCAGCGGGUGACUUCGGAUUCAAGGUGCUCACCGCAUCCGACCCGGAAGCCAAGAAAACUAAGCUUGCAGCCGAACUUGCGAACGGUCGCCUGGCCAUGAUGGCCAUCAUCGGAAUGUUCUUCCAGGACGGCUUGACUGGCAGCGCCUGGGGUGACUGGGCCAACUACACUGCUUCCCCUCUGCGAGCUUUCGAGAACGAGCUCGGUGUGCAGGCGCCAGUUGGAUUUUGGGAUCCCGCUGGGUUUACCGCGGAUGGCAGCACCGAGAACUUUGCGCGCAGGCGCCAGACGGAGUUGAAGCAUGGCCGAAUCUCCAUGCUCGCUACCAUGGGCUACAUUACGCCGGAGAUCACCGGCAAAUUUCCGGGCUAUUUGAGCCCUUCCGCAGGUUUGAAGUUCGCAGAUGUCCCGAAUGGGCUCGCCGCAAUUUCCAAAGUGCCCGCUGCAGGGUGGGGUCAGAUCUUGGCUUACAUGGCCUUCUGCGAGGUGUCCCAGGACCAGUCGGCGGGAACUCCUGCUGCAGCGGGUGAUUUCGGAUUCAAGGUGCUCACCGCAUCCGACCCGGAGGCCAAGAAAACUAAGCUUGCAGCCGAACUUGCGAACGGUCGCCUGGCCAUGAUGGCCAUCAUCGGCAUGUUCUUCCAGGACGGCUUGACUGGCAGCGCCUGGGGUGACUGGGCCAACUACACUGCUUCCCCUCUGCGAGCUUUCGAGAACGAGCUCGGUGUGCAGGCGCCAGUUGGAUUUUGGGAUCCCGCUGGGUUUACCGCGGAUGGCAGCACCGAGAACUUUGCGCGCAGGCGCCAGACGGAGUUGAAGCAUGGCCGAAUCUCCAUGCUCGCUACCAUGGGCUACAUUACGCCGGAGAUCACCGGCAAAUUUCCGGGCUAUUUGAGCCCUUCCGCAGGUUUGAAGUUCGCAGAUGUCCCGAAUGGGCUCGCCGCAAUUUCCAAAGUGCCCGCUGCAGGGUGGGGUCAGAUCUUGGCUUACAUGGCCUUCUGCGAGGUGUCCCAGGACCAGUCGGCGGGAACUCCUGCUGCAGCGGGUGACUUCGGAUUCAAGGUGCUCACCGCAUCCGACCCGGAGGCCAAGAAAACUAAGCUUGCAGCCGAACUUGCGAACGGUCGCCUGGCCAUGAUGGCCAUCAUCGGAAUGUUCUUCCAGGACGGCUUGACUGGCAGCGCCUGGGCGGGUGACUUCGGAUUCAAGGUGCUCACCGCAUCCGACCCGGAGGCCAAGAAAACUAAGCUUGCCGCCGAACUUGCGAACGGUCGCCUGGCCAUGAUGGCCAUCAUCGGAAUGUUCUUUCAGGAUGGCUUGACUGGCAGCGCCUGGGGUGACUGGGCCAACUACACUGCUUCCCCUCUGCGAGCUUUCGAGAACGAGCUCGGUGUGCAGGCGCCAGUUGGAUUUUGGGAUCCCGCUGGGUUUACCGCGGAUGGCAGCACCGAGAACUUUGCGCGCAGGCGCCAGACGGAGUUGAAGCAUGGCCGAAUCUCCAUGCUCGCUACCAUGGGCUACAUUACGCCGGAGAUCACCGGCAAAUUUCCGGGCUAUUUGAGCCCUUCCGCAGGCUUGAAGUUCGCAGAUGUCCCGAAUGGGCUCGCGGCAAUUUCCAAAGUGCCCGCUGCAGGGUGGGGUCAGAUCUUGGCUUACAUGGCCUUCUGCGAGGUGUCCCAGGACCAGUCGGCGGGAACUCCUGCUGCAGCGGGUGACUUCGGAUUCAAGGUGCUCACCGCAUCCGACCCGGAGGCCAAGAAAACUAAGCUUGCAGCCGAACUUGCGAACGGUCGCCUGGCCAUGAUGGCCAUCAUCGGAAUGUUCUUCCAGGACGGCCUGACUGGCAGCGCCUGGGGUGAUUGGGCGAACUACACGGCUUCGCCUCUGAGAGCGGAGCGCAAGAUGUGAGGCCGAGGACGAGUUUGGCAAGUGGACCGGACUCGGGCGG